AUGACCGAGACAGCCAGAAUGCUAGGUCUCACCGAACCACUACACCAGAGGGUGUCCCAGAAGUUCAUGACAGCCUUCAAGGCCAAGGACAUUCUAUUCUCUGAGACCAGUCUCGCAUACCUCCAAGCUCGGGGAGGAGCUUCGUUCCAACUGCGAUACUGCCCUGCGUUGAAGAAGAAGCCCCAAGGAGACGGCUUUGUCCCCAAAAAGAAGCCACUGAGGCCUCACUUUGAUCCUUUCGAAGACCCGCCUGCAGAGCUCCUAAUUGCUCAAAUCCCGGCCCACAAUGCAUCGCACAAUUUGGUGUUGAACAAAUACCCAGUCAUUCACAACCACUUCAUUCUCGCCACCAAGGCCAACAAACCGCAAACAGACCUUCUAGAGGCAGACGAUAUCGGCCUGACACAUGCUUGUCUACGCGCCUGGCACGACCAGCGGCAUAGUGGAGACCCUUCCCGUCUCUUUGCUUUCUUUAACUCUGGCGAACACAGCGGUGCCAGCCAGAUGCAUCGACAUUUGCAGUUCCUACCUGUCGAGGAUAUGGCAGGUCCGAACAGUCGAGAGUGGAGGCUUCUCAUCGACCGCAUGACUGUGCCGGCUCAUCCAGACCUACCACUAUUUCAAGAUCCAUCGUUGCCCAUCUUGCAUUUUUCCACGCCCCUCGAACCCGACGCGUCUGCAGCCGACUUACACGGCCGAUAUGUACUGCUCGUGCAAGCAGCGCUGUCUGCUGCCGAGUUCCCCGGCCAACCUCUAGAACAAAGCUUAGCAAUUGAAAGGAACGGCAAGACACUGAUCUCUUACAACCUUGCCAUGACGACGGAACGGAUGGCAAUCUGCCCUAGGAGACAAGAGGCUGUUGACAUCCCCGGCGCUGGCCCAGAGAGCUCCGUGGCCAUCAAUGGCACAAUACUGGCCGGAACCCUGAUGGUCAAGGACGAAACGGAGUGGGAUGUGCUUCGAGAAACCCAUUCCCUCCUCGACGACAUGCUGGGUGCGAUCGGCUUUUCAUUGACAUCGUGGAAACAAAAUGAACGAUCAUCAAAAGCAUAG